AUGUCAUCGUCUCGUUUGCCAUCAGAUUGUACGAUACAGGGGCCAUCAUGGGAUGAAUUUGAUCGUUCGGAAGAGCUAGAUUACAACAGUGGUUCAGAUCACGAAACUGAUGAACAAGGCUGUCGUUCGAGGAACUUUGAUCUUGUCGCACCACCAGGAUUUUGUGCUACAGCAAGACAAAUUCAAAUGCAUGUGGAUGAAGUACGUCUUGCUCAGAGUAAUUAUCUCGAUCAAUUACCAAACAGUGUGAACGAACUUGGAACCACAGCAUCGUCUGAUCAACAACGAUACGGACCUUCUUUACCUCCCGGCUUUACGAAUAGCAGCGAAGAAGAUGAUCCGGAAGAUCCUGGAGAUCCAGAAGAUCCCGAUGAAGGCGAUUCGCAAUCUGCAAUGCCAAAUAUGUGCUCAUUUCUCCAAUUUUCAAUGCCGAACAAUAUUCCGUCUUCAUCCUCUCAGUCUUCCUCUUUUGACCCUACCGUACCAAAUUCGUCGGAAAUAUUCGCACCUUCGCUUCCGGAAGAAGAAACAAAGCGUUCACGAGAAAGUUUUUUACUACCUCCUCCGGAACCUGGCGAAGCACAUUCUUCAAGUGCAGGCUACUCGUUGAAAAGAAUGAUUGGUCCAUCAAUGCCAGAUCUGCUACCAACAGUUGCUAAUUUAGGAAAUGAUGAUGAAGAGGACAGCAGAGAUGUCUACGGCCCAGCGAUACCUUACGAUUUGCAAAAUAAGCCAUCUACAUCCGGUGGGAAAGACUUAGACGUUGAAGUACCUAUUGAUGAUGAAACUUGUGGUCACGAUAAUGGUGAUACGAGUGGUGUUUUUGGUCCAGUUCCUCCUUGGGAACAAAAAGGCAAUGGAGACGAUGAGUAUGCAGAGAGAUUAGUGCGUCUAGAGAUGCUACAAACGAGUAAGAGGUCUGCAUGCAAACGGCCAGAAUGGAUGAUGCAACCACCGAAGUGUUUCAGUUCCUAUGGUUUAUCAUCAAAAACUUUUUCAUUAAGAGAAGACUUUGCUACAGCCGAAAAAGCGAAGCGUGAUUGGACAGAAACUCCAGUUGAAAGGAAAAGGCGAUUGAUAACGGAGCAAGGUGAUCCAUCUGGUGCUGGGCCAAGUGGACUGUCUUUUGAAGCACACCGUAAUAGGAAUGUUAAUGCCAUUCAGACUCAAAUUGCAGCAGCUUUGGGAAAAGAUCGUGUAGAGUCAUUGGUGGAUGUUUACCAAAGAAAGAGAAAACAUGAGACCGACGAAAAUGGAACGGUUGUAGCAACACGGCGGCCAUUUGAUCGAAAUAAGGAUUUAGAUAAUCAUACUUUUGGCCGAACAGAGAAUUUGAGUGCGGAUGCGAUCAAGGAGCGUUGUGGGCAGCUUAAUUCUCGCUUUGCUUCAUCUUCUUCACAAAAAUUUCUUUAA